UAUCACUCUAAUGAACGUUUUUGAGCUUAUAAAUUUUAUUUCCUGGUUAUAAACUUCCUGGCGGACGACAUUCAUUGCAAUUUCUCAUGCUUAACGACUGUGUAAAACACAAGUGAAUAUAAAUAUAGAGCGAAAGAAUCAUUAUCGAAUAAUUAUUUUUGAGGAUGUGUUGUAUUAUUUCCUUUACGGAUCAGGAUUUGCCUCAAAAUUGUUCGCGGCCAUAGAUUGCUUGUGGUAAAAUCUGAUUUUCGGUGAAGACCAGAAAAAUUUCAAGAGAUAAUAAGACACAAAAAUGCAUCCUUACGUAGCCACUGUACUGGAUGUUCUAAACACUGUUUUCAUAACGCCAUUGACGGCGGGAAAUGUCGUCCAAUCAGAAAACAGCUACGAUGGCGACGCAAGAAAAACUGACGGAAGCUUGUCCUCUAUGGUGACCAUUGCCUGCUUAACUGCAAUAACCUUCGUAGUCAUAGGAAUAUAUGCCAAGAGUGACGACCCGGGGAAGUCAACGGUUGCCAUAACAACGAUGACAUUCGUUCUGACUGCAAUGGCGCUGUUUGCCAUUGUUCUCAUUGCAGUCCUCGCAUUUCAAAAAAGACACGAAUGGUUCAGCCCAGCGCGAGUAAAAGAGGAUGCCUCCAAAAAAUUUAAGGGAAAAUUCCUUUGGCUGUUCAGUCUUGGUAUAAUAAUGAAAAAUGCGCUUGAAUUGGCUAUCAACAUUGAUUGCUUCGAUAAGGAAAAUGACAAGAGAUACGUGAUAGCGUUUAUGGUGGUUCACAUUGUCUCUAUAUUAUAUUUCUGCAUUCAGACUGGCUUCAUUAGUUACUUCAAAGACUACAAUUUCAAAAGUUCAGUCAGAAUAAACUAUGGUAUCUUAAUUGUUUUGCUAACAAAUUUGACACUCUGGUUCACAAGCGUCGUCGGAGAAAAUGAGGAUUUUAAUUUUAUCAGAAACAAAACAAUGGGUAUCGAUGAAGAAUUGGAGUGUUUUCAUAACUCCAGUAUUCAUGAUUUACGAGAAAAGACCCUACCAUUCCUCAACCCUUGCGGAAUAGAGUACGCAUUGCUGGCCACAAGUUUUAUGCUAUCAUUAUGGCCAUCGGUCAAAAAAGAAAUUCAUGAUUCCCAGGAAUUGGAAGACUCUGUCAAUAUGGAUAACAUCGAGGAAAGUUGUGAUGAAUAUACGCCUUUGUUCCGAAGAAGACGACGACGAAUUCCACCGACCGAAGUUCGUCUUCAAGAGCCAAAACGCCGCAAUCCGAUUUCGUUCUUCCUCGCCAUUUUGUUUGGUCUCGUUUUAAACCUUCCUGUGAUUAUCGCUUCGGUGCUCGUUCUCUUCAGAGUGGACAUGUAUGAACCCGGCAUGCACGCUAACGUUAGAUGGUCCAUUAUGGCUGCGUACAAAUUGUCCAUGUUGAUAAUGGUAUUCAUUCUUUUCUACCAUAUCACGAAAUAUGGCCAAUCCAACAACGUGAAGAGAAAACUCUCCUCAACUGAAUACAUUUUGGUUUUUGCAAAUGCUGGGACAAUUGCAGUUUGCACUUUCGAUUUCAUUGUGAGCUUAAACAAACAAAAUUAUAUUCUUAUGACCGAAAACAUCAUCGAUAUUAUUUUGACUUUUCUGCAGACGACUUUAAUCAUGCAUUCUACGCGUGUGACCAUAAGAAAAACUCUGGACAGUUUUCUAGCAGCUGAGUAUGUGUGUCUGCUAUUGUCUAUCUGUAAUAUUGUGCUUUGGGUAGGCGAUAGCUUUAGCAAUGUGGAAAAUAGUGUUUAUACUCUGGCAGACAGCAAAAACUUCAAAACAAAUAAAGUAAUGAAGUAUGUCAUUUUCCCAAUCCUCGUCUUCUACCGUUUCCACGCGUCCAUUGAUUUGUUUGGUCUUUUUUCUAGAAUGAGAAAGGAUUAGGUAACGUGUAUGACGACUGUGAUAGCAGAAAAAGAGAGACAAUAUAAGAAGAGACACUAUUUAUACUAAAGUGUUGUAAAAGUAAUAAAAAUUAUAUUAAAAAAAUCAUUGUAAAGCAGUGCAAAUGCAUGUUUGUAAGAUUCUUUAUCACUGCUACUUGAUUGAUUAUUUUUGUUCAAUAUUUGUUUGG